AUGAGGAAGUGCUUCGGCUUCGGGAGGCGCCUGGGCCAGGCGGUCCUGCGCGCCAGCGGCGGGCACGCGGGUCCCGGGUGCCGCAUCUAGGACGCGGAACUGCGGAACGUGCACAGGGCGGCCGUCCCGGGCGACGCCGCGGAGGUGGAGCGCUGCCUGAGGCGCAGGAGCCGAGACGUGGACGCGCGCGACGGGAAGGGCAGGACUCCUCUGCAUUUGGCCUGUGCACUUGGCCAUGUGAAAGUGGUUACUCUGUUGGUGAGCAGAAAGUGCCAGAUUGAUAUCAAUGACAGACUAAACAGGACCCCUUUAAUGAAGGCUGUGCAUGGUCAGGAGGAGGCUUGUUCCAUUAUUCUGCUGGAACAUGGCACCAAUCCAAACAUUCAAGAUGUCUACGGCAACCCUGCUCUUCAUUAUGCUGUAUAUAAUAGCGUGACAUCACUGGCAGAAAAACUGCUCUCCCACAAUGCAAAUAUUGAAGCAAUAAACAAGCAACAUAGUGAGAUUCUUCUCUUUAACAACAACAGCAAAAAACAAAACAAGACAAAACAAAAAAAACCCCUCUAG